CACAAAUGAGAUGACGGCGCCGACCACCUAUCGGCAAAACUGAAUGUGAUCUCAGACAGCACCCAAGAAAAAAAAAAGAAAGAAGCAUCACUCUACGGAAGCAGGGACAGGGAAGGAGGCUCGAGCUGUCGAUCACACACAAGUUGAGGGCGAUCGAUACUUUACUCAUCAUCACCCCUGAACUCCCCGGGGGGUAAAGUCUCUGUCCGGGACUGUGGCUCGAUCGUCUGCACCGCUCGGCCGCGGGACGUCCCACCUGAGACCGGCGGGCAGAGAUGAAGACGCCAACGCUGCCGCUGCGGCUGUUGCUGGUUCUCCCGCUGCUGACCGGGGUCUGCGUGCACGGGUACAAACCCGUCGUCAUCGUGCACGGCAUAUUUGACGGACUCAAGCAGUUCAAAACCAUGUCUCUUUAUAUACACAAGGUGCAUCCAGGUACGGAGGUGUCCGUGAUUGACUUGUACAGCAACCUGGCCAGUCUGAAGCCCAUGUGGAGGCAGGUCAAGGACUUCAGGAAAGCCAUCAGCUCCAUCAUGCAGAAGGCACCCGAUGGCAUCCAUCUUCUAUGCUUUUCACAAGGUGGACUGAUUUGCCGAGCACUUCUCUCCACAACUCCAGACCACAACGUGCAUAACUUCAUUUCGCUGUCGUCACCACAGGCAGGGCAAUAUGGAGACACCGACUACCUGAAGUGGGUAUUUCCAGACUUCAUGAAGAAGACAGUGUUUAAAAUGUGCUAUAGGAGAUUGGGGCAGAAAUUGUCCAUUUGUGGAUACUGGAACGACCCUCAUCAUCGGUCCCAGUACCUGCAGAGCAACAUCUUUCUGCCGAAGCUUAAUGGAGACAGUCCACACACUGACCUGAGAGUGUGGAGGCAAAAUUUUUUACGUGUCAAGAAGCUUGUGCUAAUUGGUGGACCAGAUGAUGGCGUCAUCACGCCGUGGCAGUCCAGCCACUUUGGAUUCUAUGACAGUAACGAACACGUUGUAGAAAUGAGGAACCAGGAGUUUUACAGGAACGAUACAUUUGGGCUGAAGACGCUGGACGCUCGGGGGGACGUGUCGACAUGUAUCCAGUCGGGAGUGAAGCACGUCCAAUGGCACUCCAACUACACAGUGUUCAUGAGCUGCAUAGAGAAGUGGCUCACAUGAAAAGGACUCACACAGUUUGAGAAAUGUUAACACAACGUAUUGUUGAACUGAAACGGAUGACGCGAUUGACCCUGGUUACACAUGCAGACACUGUAAGGUCUGUGGAUAAUAGCUAAAGGUUCUGCUAAGGUGUGCAGAUGAUGAUAUUUUAUUUAUUGACAUAUGUUGGACACAUUGUUAUGAACGUUUGAGCAGAGCAUCAGGCAGGAUGAAUUAAAAACAUUGAUGCCUUAACUAAGGACAGUAUUACAGAGAUGAUGCUGAUAUGGAUGUACAGUCUUAGUCUUCUUUCAUAUUUUUUAUGUACAUGAUUGUUGUAAAAGAAACGAACAACAAAAAUAAUAAAGGAACAAAAAAGUACAAAACAAAAAAAUGGGGGACAUUUACAUAAAAAACAGUUUUGCACAAAUAUUGUAGGUUUCUGUCAAAUCAAUUUAGCUUUUUUUUUUAGGUUGAGAGUUUCAAACAGUUAAAAAAAAUACUCCCUUUUGCAAUAACUGUGCCAAAUUGUAUUGCCUUGUGCUUCCAGGGUAUUUGCCCGUUGAUAAUUUAUUGGGUUCUCAGAUGAAACUAAGGGCAAUAGGCAAAUGUUUGAAUUCAGACUCGUACGAUAUUUGAAAGAGCUUUUAAAUUUUGUAAAUAUCUUCAAAUUUUCUUCUGAACAAGAAAGGGUUUUUUAUUUUUUUGGCGGAAAUCUGAAAUAAAGAUUGUAGAUGCAA